CGAGGAUCGCGCUCGCAGACCUCGUGUCGAGGAUUUCCCGAGGAUCAGGUGGAUUCUGAGAUUCAGCAUCGCCUGGAGCUCGGAGCUGCUCGGGCGGUGACAGUGUCGAGUGAAUUGGGCUCGGUGAUCUGGCCCCCGCGAGCUGAGCGGGAGGAUUUUUGCGUUUUUGGCGGGCACGAGGACGAGAGGAGAAGCGAGGCGCAGCAUCGUCUGGCGCGAUGGAGCUCGCCAUGGCAGGUGCGCUGGGUCGCUCUCCCAGCUGCGCUCCGACGAGCGCUCGCCCGGUGAGCUCCUCCUCCUCUUCGGGUGUGAGAGCCGUCUCAGUGUUUGCAGCUAAGAAUGUGAAGCUCGGCUCGAGCUCGUUCUUCGUUUCCACGUCCGAGGAUUUCUCGUCGGCUCAGAGGAGAUUGCCCGCGCUGAGACCGCUGACUGCGAGACGAAUGGUGCGCUCGAGUGCGACUCCAGAUGCGCCAACGGAGGAGAGCAAGGCUGCAGGGUUUAGGAGCAAGAGUCCGCAGGACACGAAUGUGGUGAUUGUCGGGGCGACGGGCUACAUUGGGAAGUUUGUGGUGAAGGAGGUGGUGAAGAGAGGGUACAAUGUGAUCGCCGUGGCGCGGGAGAAGAGUGGAAUUGGAGGCAAGUCCGGCAGAGAACAAACGCAGGAGCAACUUCCCGGUGCGAAUCUCUGCUUCUCCGAAGUCACGGACGCGAAGACUCUGGAGAAUGCUCUGCGCGGCGUAACCCCGAGUGUGGACGUCGUGAUCUCGUGCUUGGCAAGUCGCACUGGAGGCGUGAAGGAUUCGUGGCUUAUCGACUACCAGGCCACCAAGAACAGCUUGGAUGCAGGGCGAGCUCUCGGCGCAUCGCAUUUUGUACUUCUGUCUGCAAUUUGCGUGCAAAAGCCUUUGUUGGAAUUUCAAAAAGCCAAACUAAAAUUCGAGGAGGAAUUGCAAUCGAUUGGGAGUGGUUUCACGUACAGCAUUGUGCGCCCGACUGCCUUUUUCAAGAGCCUGGGAGGGCAAGUUCAGUCUGUCCAGGGAGGUGGUCCGUAUGUCAUGUUUGGGGACGGUGCUUUGAGUGCAUGCAAGCCUAUCAGUGAGGCCGAUUUAGCUUCAUUCAUCGCCGACUGCAUCGUGGAGGAGGACAAGAUCAACCAAGUACUACCGAUCGGAGGACCUGGCAAGGCGCUAACUCCUCUCGAGCAAGGUACGAUGCUUUAUGAAGUCAUCGGCAAAGAGCCCAAAUUCAUCAAGGUGCCCAUCGAAAUCAUGGACUUCGUUAUCGGUGUACUGGACUUUUUGGUGAAGAUUUUUCCUAAUUUGGAAGAUUCGGCUGAGUUCGGAAAGAUUGGUAGAUAUUAUGCGGCAGAAAGUAUGCUUGUGCUGGAUCCCAAAACGGGCCAGUAUGAUGCUGAUGCAACUCCCAGCUAUGGUAAAGACACAUUGGAGGAUUUCUUCAAGAAGGUUGUCAGAGAUGGCAUGGCUGGACAAGAGCUUGGAGAUCAGGCCGUCUUCAAAUAGGGAAUUUUUGUUCCGUUUAACAACCAUUGAAAUGCUUUAGUAUAGACAUCGUGUAGACUUUCUGUCAAAUCUGCAUCUGCGUUGAGGCCCCACGGGGCUCCCUUUUGUAAAAUGUUAGAGUUGAACCAGUUAGUAUGUUCAAAAAAUUUAGGGAGGAAGUCUUCAGCACAUCAUUGGAAGAGUUGGCCCUUGAUGUACAAUAUGUGUCGUAGAGCUACAUGGACUUUUCCUAUGGCCACAUGGGUUCAAAUCUCAUACGAGUUCGGCGCAACUUGCAGUCCUCUUAGUCAUUGAACUCAUUUCGCGAGGUUUACCCUGUAUGUGCCUGAUUGAUGCCUGGAAGGCAAAUGACCAAUUGUGUGGUACGAAACACGGCAAUCUGCCAAGAGAGAUAAUCAGGAAAUGUUCUUGUGGACUAUAUAGUUGUGUGUCAUGGAAGCUGUCUUGUCCACCACUGGUUUCUUGGAGCUUGCAGUUUGUUCCUAAGGUAUUUGCGGU